AGCCCGUGGCAUUCCCACUCUACAGUUACGUAACUGACGCUCCUGGGUAAAGAGAGGUCUACUUAUCUCAUCUUAAACUGAAACGCAGAAUGGAUCGGAUUUUGGUCCUGAGUCUCUUUUGGAAUCCUUCAUGCCUCCAAUGGCUUAGAAAUUAAUCCCAUCUCCACGUCGGAUCUCUUGGCAACAUUGGAGAGCGGACAAGUCCGAGUCUUUGAUGCUCGAAGUGAUUUUGAGCGGGAAGUCGAUGGUUACAUUUUAGGCAGUGAACUCUUGCCUAUGGACACGAUCUUCGAUGACACCGAGGACAAACCGGAUUUGGAGACUUUCAAGCCAAAAGAAGAUGGCCCGACAAUGGUGGUUUACGUCUCGGAUAAGGGUUUCGGAGCUCGGAAAGCGGAAAGUGUGCUAAAAUCCUUGGGGUUCGAUUCGGUGCGGUGUUAUUUUGGUGGUUUGGACGAGUGGAAGGCCAGUGGAGGCGAUUAUGAGUUUCCCCGAUUCGUCAAAUUUCAGGCCUUGAACACUCUUCUGGACCGAGAUGAGAUCCUCCUCAUCGAUGUGAGGAACCGAACCGAACUCAAUACCGUGGGUCAAAUCCCCAAAAGUGUGUGUUUGCCGCUUCACGAGGUGGAAUUGGCCUUCGACCUUUCAGACGAGGAUUUCCAGGCCCGAUAUAGCUUCCCCAAACCCCAGGGAGAUCGUAAGGACAUCGUUCUGACUUGUCGAUCCGGACGUCGAGUGUUGGUGGCCGAUAGGAUCAUGAAGAAAAGGUUCUCCAAUCUUCGGAUCUAUUCCGGCAGUUUCAAGGAUUGGGUCAAGCAAGACGGGAAAUACGACUUUGCCGACUAUGAUUUGGAGUAUGAUAUCCUGUCGUAAUGAGUAAGCCUCUGGAUGCAUAUUGUAAGCUAUGAUUGAUUAACUUAUUCCACGACAAGUAAUAAACGUGUCCCAACCGUUUAA